AUGGGAGGAAUAUGUUAAGCUAAUAGAGGAUAUCCGAUCAUUGAAUCAGGUCCUUUUGAGUACAUUUUGCCAACAGAGAUAAAACCUUAUGAAAUGAAGAGUAACCUUUUAGAGGUUUAAGAGAUGUGUGCCACCAAAAUUCAAGCUUUAUUUAGAGGACAUUAAGUACGAAUAAAGGUAAUACUAUAGGAUAAGUAUAGAAAAAAGAACUUGAAUAGUCUUAUCAUCCAGACUCAAAAGUGGCAGUAAAAACAGACCAGGUUCCUGAAAUAUUCCAUCAUGAAGUUUCGAAAGUGAUGUUAUAAUUAGGAGCUUUUGAUUACUCAAAAUGUUAAUCAAUUCCAGGAGCUAAAAGUUUAUGUGCUUAUUAGUUUAUUGAAAAGGGAGGGAUUUAUAUUGGGUAGUGGAAAGACCAUAAGAGGAAUGGAAAAGGAAAACAUAUAUUUCUAGAUGGGUCAAUUUAUGAGGGUAGUUGGAAAGACGAUAAAGCUAAUGGUUAUGGAAGAUUGAUUAUGACAAAUGGAGAUUAUUAUAUAGGGGAAUGGAAGAAUGAUAAAAAUGAUGGAAAAGGAAUAUAUAUUCAUUCAGAUAAAUCUAGAUAUGAAGGAGAAUGGAAGGAAGAUCAUCUUCAUGGUAAAGGAAAAGAGAUUUGGGCAGAUGAAUCAGCAUAUUUUGAAGGAUAAUUUGUUAUGGGUGUUAAAGAUGGAUAUGGAAUUUAUAGGUGGGCUGAUGGGUCAAGUUAUGAUGGAGAAUUUAAGAAUGGAUUUUUUAGUGGAUAAGGAACCUAUUGUUGGUCAGAUGGAAGCAAAUACAAAGGUUAAUGGUCAAAUAAUAAGAUGAAUGGAUAUGGAGAAAUGAAUUGGGUGGAUAAGAGAAAAUAUAUAGGUAUAGAUUAAUCAUGAUGAGGGGAAUUACAAGGAUAAUAAGAAGGAGGGGUAUGGAGAAUUUUAUUGGUCUGAUGGCAGAAUAUAUAAAGGAUAAUGGUA